UGUUAGAAAGAUUAGGACAAAACAUGGGAAUCAGAGUCAGUAAAGGCUCCCGUAAAAAAGAUAAAGUCAGUAAAGGCAACCUCAAUUUUACUUUAUUACCAUAUAUAUGAUCUAAUCCAUGUUUAUCAGUUGUCACUGCCACUCGAAAUCUUGAUAAACAACAGCUUCUACUGCUAAUUAUAGCUACUACUAAGAUAGAUCUCUAAUGGAAGAACUUUUAAGGUUAGAUGGCGGAAGACCCGGUUAAUGUAAAUGAGUUCCAAAUUCUUGCAAAGCAAAUCCUCCCAAAAAUGUACUAUGAUUUCUACAGUGGGGGAGCAGAAGACCAGCAUACACUAAAAGAGAACGUUGAAGCAUUUCAAAGAAUUACGUUUCGGCCUAGAGUUCUUGUGGAUGUUAGUAGAAUUACAAUGUCCACUACCAUAUUGGGUUACAAUAUCUCUGCUCCAAUUAUGAUAGCACCAACCUCUAUGCAUAAGCUAGCACAUCCUGAAGGAGAGAUUGCUACUGCUAGAGCAGCAGCGGAAUCUAACACCAUAAUGGCUCUAUCUUUUUCUUCUACUUACAGCUUGGAAGAGGUUGCUGCUAGCUGUGAUGCUGUUCGUUUCUUUCAAUUAUAUGUGUAUAAAAACCGCGACAUAGCUGUUACCUUAGUGAAGAGAGCUGAAAGGAGUGGUUAUAAGGCUAUUGUACUAACGGUCGAUACUCCAAGACUAGGUCGAAGAGAAGCGGACAUUAAGAAUAAGUUGAUUGUGCCUCAAAUGAAAAAUUUGGAAGGUCUGUUAUCAACUGAAGUAGUACCUGAAAGAGGUUCAGGUCUAGAAACUUUCGCCAAGGAGACAUUGGAUGAUACUUUGUCUUGGAAGGAUGUAGGAUGGUUAAAAUCCAUUACAAAUUUGCCGAUUUUGGUCAAGGGAAUACUCACUCGUGAAGACGCCAUAAAGGCCAUGGAAGUUGGUGCUGCAGGAAUUAUCGUCUCAAAUCAUGGGGCUCGACAGCUAGAUUAUUCUCCUGCCACUAUUUCUGCUCUAGAAGAGGUUGUUGAAGUCGUUGGAGGCAGAAUUCCAGUUCUUCUUGAUGGAGGAAUUCGACGAGGAACUGAUGUGUUCAAGGCGUUGGCACUUGGUGCUCAAGCAGUCCUUGUUGGAAGGCCUGUUAUCUUUGGAUUGGCAGUGAAAGGGGAAAAAGGAGUUGGACAAGUGAUGAAAAUGCUGAAGGAUGAGCUGGAGCUGACCAUGGCACUAUCUGGCUGUCCAACUCUGAAACAUAUUACAAGGAGCCAUGUCAGGACUCAGAGUGACAAGCUCCGGUCUAUGCUCUAAUAAUGCUCUCACAACUUGCUUCAAUUUGAUUUUGAUGGAAGUAACCAAUAAAGUGGGAAAUAUUAUAUGAAUAAAUUAUAUGUUUGAAUUAUUGUAAUAAAAAUUUCAGUGCUUAGAUUACAAAAUAUGCGAUUAUCGUUACGACGUCUCGUAUUGUAUGCCAACAGGCAGCCUGGCAAAGUAGGCAUAAAGCCAGGACUAAUAAUUGAAUGAGAGUGAUCUCUGUUUUAUAAUUUCAAAAGGUAUUCAUA